UACUGUCAGCCACAGCGAAACCAGUUUGUCCCUUUUCACUUCCUGUACUUCCCUGCUUCGGAGGAGGCAGCUGGACUUUCUACAAAUAGAAGUUACUAUGGAGGAUGAUUCUUCUCAUCCACAAGUGACCACUGACUGCCUCAUACACAUUUUUACAUAUCUGACCCAGGAAGACUUAAUCCGUGCUUCAAGCGUUUGUAAGGUCUGGCAUGACGCAGCAGAGACUCCCUGGUUAUGGAGGAGGAUGUGCCUGCAGCGCUGGAGUUUCUGCAACCUCGCAGCCCUGGGGAGCCAACAAGACACUUACUCCUGGAAACGAUAUUUCCUGCGCCGCAGUGUCUUGGAGGCCAACAUGACCAAAGGUCGGACGGGUAGUUAUAAGUGCAAGAGCCUAAGAGGUCAUACAGGGAGUGUGGUUGGUCUGGUGUACCUGCACGGGAAUUCCAGCCAAAAUCCAAAGCUCUGGAAUACGGGUGCCACCGUUUGCAGUGCCUCGUCUGAUUGUACAGUUAGAGCGUGGAACGUCCAAAAUGGUAAGCAGCUGUGGUGCACACCUGUGCAGAAUCCUUUGACGGGGAUCAUCUGUGAGGAGCAGCAUCAAGUCGUGAUCACAUCCGACUCGACUGGCCUGAUUCAGACCUGGCAGGGCCAGACGGGUCAGGAGUUAGGUUCCUAUUCCACGUCAUCUCCACACUGUACGUUGCUGCAGUACAGUAAAAACGACGAUUGGUUCUUGACUGUUGGAACUAGUCUGGGAUCAUUGCAAACUCUGGCUGGCUUUACUUUAACCUCAACAUCCAGAGUUGUGGUGUGCGACUCCUUCAGAGUCAACUUGCUUUUAGUCUCACCUGACAAGAAAUGGGUUGUGGCUGGAACCAAGGGGAAUGGGGAUUUGUUUCCAAAGGUGAUUUCCAGUGAGAGUUUGACCUCUCCCUCUGAAGAUGAAGGUCCUCUGUGCCAGUCUCUGCCAGUCACUGAGUGUAAGGGAGCAGUUUUUGUACCGGGUUUGCCUGCCAGGCUGGUCGUCAUCCACCAUAGUGCCGACCUGACACACAACAACAUUCUGACUGUGUUCGAUAUCAGCAUUAAAAAGAUGAAGUACUCGUCAGAGAUCAUUGUCCAGCAGGUGGAGUCCUUCUCCCUGACGCACGUCCCGUUCUACCCAGAGAUCCUCCUAGAGGCCAAGAGCAGUAACUGCAUCGUGCUGGCAGCCGAUAAGCAGCUGUGGGUGUACUCUCUGAAAGGAGCGCUGCUCACUAGCUUCUCAGAUCACAUUGAGCCCAUCUCCUCUAUAUGUGUGGAUAGCUUUCGUGUGGUGACCGCUUCUCAGGGCCUGUCUUUACGAGUGCUGACAUGGAGGAACAGCAUAGAACAUGGGGUGACUCUAGAGAGUCAAUUCCACUUGCUGGGAGGCUCUCACACAAUGUCCAGAGGGUUCAGUCAUGUGGCCUGUGACUACUCCAGCAUCGUGGCCUCAGUUCAAGGGAUAGACUACGAAGAUGUCCUGAAAGCAUACUCCUUCACAUCGUGACCACCCCAGCCUCACGGGAAAUGUUUCAUAUGUUUUUUUCAUGUUUAUGAUCGCUGUUAAGUUUGUAAAAAAAAACUCAAAUGUUUCUCUUGAAUUUGUGGCAAGGCAACUCUUUCUGUGUUCUGACUUAAGGCAACCAAUAAUCUGCUCUUCAGUGUGUUUCUUUCUAAGGUCAAACAAAAUGCAGGCAAGACGAUGGUCAUAGUCAACUUUAGAAAAGCUUUAACCCACCCUGACACUUUUUGACCAAUAAAGAAUUGAAAAAGG